AGGAAUGAUGGGUUGCGGGUCAGGGGGCAGAGGUUACAAAUGAGACACGGGUGUAAGGGAGUGGUUGGUCAAAUGACAGGAGUGAUGGUUGGGGAGUCAAACCGUAUAAAGAGGUGGUGGGGUUUUGAAAGGUCAAGAGUCGAGGGAGCGUUGGGGUAAAAGGCAAAAAGCACAGGCAAAGGGGUGUUAGGAGUCAAGGUUUAAAGGCGAGGGGGGUCUGGUGGGGUUCAGAGUGAAAGGUCAAAGGGGAUUUUGAGAGGUUUGGAGGGGUCCGAAGACGAGGUGUCAGGUUGCCAUUGAAGGGGUCAAAGGGCAAAAGUAUCAGAGCAAGGGUUUGGAGGCCUGGAAGCAGAGGAGAGUGCAGGGGUGAAAGGGCAGGACGAGCUCGAGGACAUGGAUGCUGAUGUUGACUAGGGAGUCGGACGUGGCAUUCCCCGGGCAGGAGAAACCGUGGCAGCAGAGUCCGAGGAGGAGGAGUUGUCAUCAGCACAUACAGGUGAUUUGCAAACAGGCGGCCCCGAGCGCAGGCUGGGCCGCCAGGGCACCCAGGAGCUGGACGGCUCGUCCCGGCGGCUGGCUGACCAGAAUGAGGCCGGUUCCCAGCAUGCACUGGAGCAGGACGGCAGCACUGUGGCCACGAGCGAAGCCAUCGGGGCCCGAAGCGACGAACAAGGGAGUGGGAAAAUGCAGAGCAGUCCUCCACGGCAGCACCCGGCACUGCACACAGAGACGGCGCCAGACAGAAUGACGGGGAGCAACCCGGUGUCACCGGCCUCGUCGGGCUCCCCGGCCUCAAGUGGCAGCGUGUCACCACCCUGCCUAGCCCGCGACGCCCCUCUGGAGGCGGCCCUGGGCUUCGAUGUGCCCAAGGCGCCAGGCCGCGGCCUGGUGGCACCCGGGCCCUGCACUGCCGACCCGGGCAGCAUGUGGGACAAGACCCAUGCCGAGAUCGCCGAGCAGGCCAAGCAUGAGGCGGAGAUCGAGAACCGAAUCGCAGAAAUGAAGAAGGAAGGCUUCUGGUCCCUGAGGCGCCUCUCCAAGGUGCCUGAGCCAGCCCGGCCCAAGGUGCACUGGGACUACCUGUGCGAGGAGAUGCAGUGGCUCUCGGCCGACUUUGCCCAGGAGCGUCGCUGGAAGAGGGGCGUGGCCAGGAAGGUGGUGCGGAUGGUGAUCCGGCACCACGAGGAGCAGAGGCAGAAGGAGGAGCGGGCCCGGCGGGAGGAGCAGGCCAAGCUGCGGCGCAUCGCCUCCUCCAUCGCCAAGGAGGUCAAGCAGUUCUGGACAAAUGUGGAGAAGGUGGUGCAGUUCAAGCAGCAGUCGCGCCUGGAGGAGAAGCGCAAGAAGGCGCUGGACCUGCAGCUGGACUUCAUCGUGGGCCAGACGGAGAAGUACUCGGACCUACUGAGCCAGAGCCUCAAUGAGACCCUGCCUGUAGCCAGCAAGGCCAGCUCAUCUUCCCACCCAGGCUCAUCCCGCGCUGGCUCGGCUGCCUCAAGCCCCCUGCCCCCUGCCCGCCUCCCUGAGGAUGAAGAUGGCGACUUCCAGCCCCACGAGGAGUCAGAUGAUGAGGAGACAAUCGAGGUGGAGGAGCAGCAGGAAGGCAACGACUCGGAGACACGGCGGCGGGAAAUAGAGCUGCUCAAGCAAGAAGGCGAGCUGCCCCUGGAGGAGCUGCUUCAGUCCCUGCCCCCCCAGAUACUGGAGAACUCCUGCAGUCCUGGCCCCUCAGCCUCCAGCUCCAGUGCUGACGACGGGGACACAGAUGAGGAUGAGGCCCAGGGGGAUACGAAUGAGGAAGAGGAGGAGGAAGAGAUGGAAAAGCCGAAGCCCAUGAUCCAGAGGAACAAGAAGCCGUGGAAGCCAGACGAGGAGUUCACGGCCAACGAGGAUGAAGCUGAGGAUGAGGAGGAGACGAUUGAUGCUGAGGAGGAGCUGGAAGGGACCGUGGAUCACAAGCAGGAGCUGGAUGACCUGGCACGGGAAGGUGAGCUGCCCGUGGAGGAGCUGCUGGAGAAGUAUGCGGGGGCCUACGCCUCAGACUUUGAGCCAGAUGCCUCGGAGAGCUCCUCGGAGGCCAGCACCUCGGAGUACGAGCAGGAGUCGGAUGAGGAGAGCAGCAGCCAGGCCGACUCGCCGGCAGAGGAGAGCGAGGAGGAGGAGAGUGAGGAAGAGGAGGAGGAAGAGGAGGUGGUGGCCGCCCCAGAGGAGGUGCAGGCUGGCCAGGAGGAAGACUUCGGUGUGGAGUACCUGUUGCGGGGUGAUGAGGAGCGGGGCGGGCAGGGGGCUGACCCUGCUGGCCCCCCCUCCACCCUUGGGCCCAAGAAGGAGAUCACUGACAUCGCUGCCACAGCUGAGAGCCUGCAGCCUAAGGGCUACACCCUGGCCACCACCCAGGUGAAGACACCCAUUCCUUGCCUGCUGCGGGGCACGCUGCGGGAGUACCAGCACAUUGGCCUAGACUGGCUGGUCACCAUGUACGAGAAGAAGCUCAACGGCAUCCUGGCCGAUGAGAUGGGACUGGGCAAGACCAUCCAAACCAUCUCCCUGCUGGCUCACCUGGCCUGCGAGAAGGGGAGCUGGGGUCCCCACCUCAUCAUCGUACCCACCAGUGUCAUGCUGAACUGGGAGAUGGAGAUCAAGCGCUGGUGCCCCAGCUUCAAGAUCCUCACCUACUACGGGGCGCAGAAGGAGCGCAAGCUCAAGCGGCAGGGCUGGACCAAGCCCAACGCCUUCCACAUCUGUAUCACGUCCUACAAGCUGGUGCUGCAGGACCACCAGGCCUUCCGGCGCAAGAACUGGAAGUACCUCAUCCUGGAUGAGGCCCAGAACAUCAAGAACUUCAAGUCCCAGCGCUGGCAGUCGCUCCUCAACUUCAACAGCCAGCGGCGCCUGCUCCUGACAGGAACGCCCCUGCAGAACAGCCUCAUGGAGCUGUGGUCCCUCAUGCACUUCCUCAUGCCCCACGUCUUCCAGUCCCACCGGGAGUUCAAGGAGUGGUUCUCCAACCCGCUGACGGGCAUGAUUGAGGGGAGCCAGGAGUACAACGAAAGCCUUGUCAAGAGGCUGCACAAGGUUCUACGCCCCUUCCUGCUGCGGCGGGUGAAGGUGGACGUGGAGAAGCAGAUGCCCAAGAAGUACGAGCAUGUCAUCAAGUGCCGCCUGUCCAAGCGCCAGCGCUUCCUCUAUGACGACUUCAUGGCCCAGGCCACCACCAAGGAGACGCUGGCCACGGGGCACUUCAUGAGCGUCAUCAACAUCCUGAUGCAGCUGCGCAAGGUCUGCAACCACCCAAACCUCUUCGACCCACGGCCCAUCCACUCCCCCUUCAUCACCCAGGGCAUCUGCUACACCACCGCCUCCCUCGUCCUCACUGCCCUCGAUCACCACCCCUUCAAGCACGUGGACAUGGGCAUGUUUGACCUGAUCAACAUGGAGGGCCGGGUGUCACGCUACGAGACCGACACUUUCCUGCCCAAGUGGAAGGUGACGCGCAAGCUCAUCGAGGAGAUUGCUGAGUCCCCCGACCCCCCACCCCGGCCCAAGCCCGUCAAGAUGAAAGUCAACAGGAUGCUGCAGCCAUCAGCCAAGCCGGAGAACCGCACGGUGGUGCUAGUUAACAGCCCGCGGCCCCCAGCCCCGCCACAGCGCCCCCUGCUACCUGAGGGCAUGGCUCCACUACCCAUCACCACCCAUCUGCCCCUACAACCUCUGGGCCCCAUGUUGCCGGGGCCUGUGCAGCCACCCACCCUGCCCCACCCAUUGUCCGUCGCUACCUCCCUGCCCCUCCCUGCGGGGCCGGUGCUGCCCCCUGCCAGGCCCCCAGCCCCACCAUUGGGGCCACCACUAGGCCAGAACAGCGCCGCCAUCACAGCCACCAUGCUCCAGGCACCCACUCCUACCCCACAAGUGCUUCCCACACCGAUGCCCGUGGCCACCCAGCUGGCACCUACGGCACCUCGGCCGCCUGUGGCACCCACGCCCAUGCCCGGUCCUGCCCUGAAGCCAGGCCCAGCCCCUGCCCCUGGAGUUCGGCUGGCGGGUGCCCCCCUGGGGCCCGGCGGCAUCAUGAAGCCCAUGACUGUGCAGUCCAGUGCCACUGCGCUGCCUGCCUACAGCCUGGCCACCACCGGACCUGUGCAGCCGCCGCGUCUCCUGCUCUCUCCCGACAUGCAGGCCCGUCUGCCCUCCGGUGAGGUAGUAAGCAUCGCACAGCUGGCUUCGCUGGCCAGCCGACCCCUGCAGAGCGCACCGGGCAGCAAGCCCCUUACUUUCCAGCUGCAGGGCAACAAGCUGACACUGACGGGCACCCAGGUGCGCCAGGUGGCUGUGGCCCAGCCCCGCCAGCUCCCAAGUUUGAGCUCCCUGUCUCCUGCAGGGAACGUGGUCCACCUGGUGUCGGCCGGGGGCCAGCACCACCUCAUCAGCCAGCCGGCCCAGGUGGCUCUCAUUCAGGCCAUGGCCCAGCCAGGUGGGCAGGCUAUGCCUGGGCACCCACCCACUGCCAUCCUGCCUGCCCCAGCCCCUGCCCCUCCUGCCACCUCUGCUGCUCUCAGUGUCCCCAUUGCCGCCACUCAAGUGCCCUCCUCCAUGGUGAACAGCUCUGGCGUGGUGAAGAUUGUGGUGCGCCAGGCCCCCCGAGAUGGCCUGGCCCCUGCCCUGCAGCCCCCGACCCCGCCGCCGCCACGCCCACCUCCCGCCCCCGUACCCGCCACAGCCACUGCUGCUGCCACACCCCUGCCUGGCCUGCCUGCUGCUCUGGUGGCCCCGCGAGCUCCGCUGCCUGUGGCACCCGUUCCGCCCUCCCGCCUGCCUGCCCCACCCCUGGUACCCAUGCGGGGCCCCGCCCCUCUCCAGGCUCUGGUGCGACCUGUCAUGCGGGUGGUGCCCGCCCCUGCAAUAGACCUGCCAGCUCCGAUGCCAGUCCCCACAAUGUCCCCUGCUCCAGUGGGGCCUCUGCCGGCUGCACCAACCCCCCUGUCAGCCCCCCGCCCCCUGCUCCCAGCAUCGCCCAGCCCUGUACCCAAGGAGGAGCCCGAGAUGCUGACGCUGCGCUCCAGCCCUCCCACACCGCCGCCUCCGUCUGCUCCAGUCUCCCGGCCCCGUCGCCAACCCCCGCCUCCGCCUCGCUCACCAUUCUACCUGGAGUCACUGGAAGAGAAGCGCAAGCGGCAGAAGGAGGAGCGCCUGGCCCGGCUCUUCCGCCUCAACGAGCAGCACUGUGCCCUGGCACCUGUGUAUGGCACUGAGGUGCUUCGCCUCUGUAGUCUCUUCCCCCCGACAACCCACGAUCCCGAGGCUGAGGCAGAGCCCAAGGCCCCUGGAGGUGGGUGGCGGGGGGCCGGCUAUGCCCACUGCUACAUGGCCCAAAUGCAGCGGGACCCACAGCGCCUGGCGGAGUACUGGCAGCAGGCGCCCGCCCUCAGCCGCGCCAUCCUCACACCCCAGCAGAGGAUCGAGCAACUUGAGGACAUCAUCGAACGGUUCAUCUUCGUGCUGCCACCUGUGGAGGUUCCACCGGUGGCCCUGCACACAUCACACCCACCCCCCACACUGCGCCUACGGCACCAGGCCCUGGCGGCUGCCCUGCGCCGAGAGCUGUCACCGCGAGCCCGGGCCUUGCACCGUGUCGUCUGCAACAUGCGCACCCAGUUCCCUGACCUGCGCCUCAUCCAGUACGACUGUGGGAAGCUUCAGACGUUGGACCUGCUGCUGCGGCAGCUGAAGGCGGAGGCACACCGUGUGCUCAUCUUCACGCAGAUGACGCGCAUGCUGGACGUGCUGGAGCAGUUUCUCAACUACCACGGCCACAUCUACCUGCGCCUGGAUGGCAGCACCCGUGUGGAGCAGAGACAGGCGCUGAUGGAACGGUUCAAUGCAGACAAGCGCAUCUUCUGCUUCAUCCUGUCGACACGCAGCGGGGGGGUGGGCGUGAACUUGACAGGCGCCGACACUGUGGUCUUCUACGACAGCGACUGGAACCCCACCAUGGACGCCCAGGCCCAAGACCGCUGCCACCGCAUUGGCCAGACUCGUGACGUCCACAUCUACAGGCUGAUCAGCGAGCGCACAGUGGAAGAGAACAUCCUGAAGAAGGCCAAUCAGAAGCGCAUGCUGGGGGACAUGGCCAUCGAGGGCGGGAACUUCACCACGGCCUACUUCAAACAGCAAACAAUUCGGGACCUGUUUGACAUGCCAUUGGAUGAGCCAGUCCGCAAGGACGGAGACAUGCCGGCCCCCACACCUGAGGAUGAGGACGAUCCCGUAGCCACCAAACAGACACAGAUCCUGGAGCAGGCGCUGUGCAAGGCGGAGGACCCCGAGGACAUCCGGGCGGCCACACAGGCCAAAGCGGAGCAAGUGGCCGAACUGGCUGAGUUCAACGAGAACAUCCCACUGGACGCUGAUGACCGGCCCCCACGCGACGACGAUGAGGAGAUGUCCAAGGCUGAGCAGGAGAUAGCUGCCCUGGUUGAGCAGCUGACGCCCAUCGAGCGCUACGCUAUGAACUUCCUGGAGGCCUCGCUGGAGGACGUCAGCCGCGAGGAGCUCAAGCAGGCUGAGGAGCAGGUGGAGGCUGCCCGGAAGGACAUUGACCAAGCCAAGGAGGAGGUGGUGUUCAAGCUGCCAGCCGACGAGGAAGCUGGGUGUCUGGGCGACGAGGUGGCCCAUGCCAAGAAGAGCAAGAAGGCCAAGACACCCGCACGGGCUGGCCUUGAGCGCACUGGCACCCGCGCCAGUGAGCGCCUGCGGGGCUCCCGCCUCUCCCUACGCGAGGCUGAGGACGCUGCUGAGGCCCCCCCGCCCCGUGGUCCUGUUCUGCGGCCUGCCCGCGGCACCCGGCAGGAACCCGAGGAGGCGGGCGAGGAUGACCUGCCCCUGGUGGCCCAGCACACGCGCAGCGCUGCCGUACGCCGGGACGAGACCCGCCGGGCCACGGCCAGGGCCCCGGGGGUGGCUGACAGGACCCCCCAGCCACGUGCUGCUGCUGCUGCUGCUGUCACCACAACCCACCGGACAGAGGCACCCAGGCCAGACCUAGGCAGUGGGGAUAGGGCUGUACGUGCCAUGCCAGCUGACAGAGCCCCCCGGCCAGCUCCCCCUAAACCAGACCCUCUGGGUGGCGGUGACCGGGUGCUGCGGCUACACCCACAGAGGACCGACAGCACCGGGGAUAGGGGCCCCAAGCGUCUGGAGCCUGAGAAGGAGGGCGUCCGGCCAGUGUCGCCGCAGCUCCCAGUGCCUGAGACGCCAUUGCCCAGGGAGGAUGUGGCCCCAAGCUGCCAGGCACCAGAGGCUGCUCCUGAGCAGGCCGUCAUGGAGCGGUGUCCUGCCUCAGAGACGCCACCUGAUGAAGCACAGGGGGAGCCCCAAGAGCCGGAGCCACCGGCUCCCAGUGUUGUGGCAUCCCCUUGCCUGCUGGGUGAGCCCGAGGUCCAGCCGGCCCCCAGCCCCCCUGAGGCACCCACCGGCCCUGAGCACAACGGCCCCCCACCCUUGCCCCCACCUGAUGCUGCCAUGGAGCCGCAGGUCCCCGUGGAGGAGCCGCCAGGAGACCCGGCACCAGACACGGCAGCCACGGCCUCGUCCUCAGGCAGCCCAUCGCCAGCCAAAACUCCGCCGCGGCGCCGCACCAGUGCCGAUGUGGAGAUCGGACAGAACCACCGGGGCCAGGACGGGCCGGCUGCCAAGGUCCUGCGCAAGCUUCCGGGCCGCCUUGUCACGGUGGUGGAGGAGAAGGAGCUGGUUCGGCGCCGGCGCCGCUGCCACCGCAGCACCCCCAUGGCCCCCUCCCAGCCUGAGCUGCCCACCGGUGCUGUGCUGAGCCCCAGCGGCAGCUCGGCCCACAGCAUCUCAGAGCCUGAGCUGUCACCAGCCACCAAGGACCCACCACAGCUCCGCGACCUCCCUGCUCGGCGCCGCAUUGAGCUGGAGACCCGUGGCGGCACCCACCCCACCAAGCCUGAGGAGCCCACCCCGCCGCCCCCUAAGCGGAAACGUGGCCGUCCCCCCAAGAACCGCUCACCCGAGCAGGCGGGGAAGCCAUCCCCUCCCACCCAGGACCCAGAGCCGGCAUUGCGGGGCAAGGGGAGCCGUGCGGUUUCGCCCCGCACCAAGGCAGAGAGCAGUGAGGCAGAGUCGCCGCUAGAGAAGCGGCGCCGGGGGCGGCCCCCCAAAACCCCUGCUGGCCCCCCAGAGUCACCCCCCAAGCGCAAGCGCGGCCGCCCCCCCAAGAACCCAGCCUCACCUCGGCCCGCUCCAGCCUCCGACCGUGACACCUCGGCUGAGAAGGAGUCGGCUGCCCCCAAGAGGCGCCGCAAGUCCCCCGGCGUUGCGGCCGCCGACACCGGGAGCUCGUCCUCCUCAGAGGAUGGAGAGGGGGCCGUGGGGGUGGCGGCGCCCACACGGGCACAAGCCCGGGCGGCAUCGUCGGGAGACAGCAGCGCCUCGGAGGCCCCUGCCCGCUCCACCCGCCGCCGACCCGGCAGCCUGGUGCCACCCCUGGAGCUGGAUCACCCACGGCGCCGCCCGCCCCCCCGCCCCUCGGAGGACGACGACGGCGACUCGGAGUCCUCGGAGCCCAGUGGGGACGAGCGGCCACGGGCCAAGUGUCGGCCCCGGCGCCGCCGGCCUCCGCCCCGGCGCCCACCCCGUGCUGACCGUGUGCUCCGCAGCGCCCGCCCCGUGCCGGCUCCCGGCACCAGAGGCCGCAAGCCCAAGACGUGACCGGCUCCAGGAACGGACUGCGUGACCACUACUUGAAGGGCCAGGGAUGAGUCGCCUCUCCCGGCCUCUCCUCACUCCUAUGGACAGCUCCGGGCACGGGGGGCUGGGCUCUAGCGCCUCCUGGUUCUUUGGGUUAUUUUUUACUCCCUAAUACCCCUGGCUGGGGCAAAAACAACCCCCUGCCUUGAUUUCUACCCCCCUCCUUGAUUUCUACCCCCUCUCCCUUUUUAACUCAAUCUGGGUUUUUAAAACAUGGCGACCAAAUUUGCAGGACCCCCUCCCUGGCUCCCCACUACCCCCACCCCUUGUUUUCUCCAGCCCCGGAGCCCAGCGGGUGGUGGCGGUGCUGCCACGAGGGGGUGGGGACACACUAGGGCAUGGCACGGGGAUGUGGUGGGCCUCUCUUCCCCUCUUACACAUGCACACACUUCCAGGUGUCUGGGGGAUGCACACACUAGACUUCCAGGGUGCGUGUCUAUUUGCACGCUUACCGUGGGGUCUGGGCUACAUAUGUACACAUCCAUGUGUCCAAGGGCCAUACAUACACACUCAUGCACAUGGAUUUCCAGGGUCUGUUCACACACUUACCUUGGUGUCUAGGUCCUGCACAGACAUCUAGGUAUCUAGGGUGCAUGUAUAUGCAUGCACACUUACCUAGGGGUCUGUUCUCUGUUGCUCGCACACAUACCCCUAGGGAGCUAGGCCGCACGCAGUUGAGGUGGCUUGGGGGACUGACAAAAAGUCCAGGCAUGUGGGAGACGGGUGCAAAGGACACAGAUGGAUAGACAGUUGUACACACACCCCCGCACAUGAUACACCCGUGUGUCUGGGCUGGAAAGAGACCUAUAAAAUGUAAAGCAUCUGAGACCUGGACCUCGGCUCCCACACCCCCUGUGAGCCCAGGUGUACGGGAACUACAUGCACACGCCUUCAAUCCAGGUCCUUAAGACACAAACAUACCCCUGAAUCCAGAAAGUCGGGGUCCACACACCCACACACACCCUGCUGCCCCCAGGUGGCCAGGGUCUGUACACGCACCACACACGUCGCUGAACCUGGGUGUCCGGGACGGACAUGCGUGUGCAUGUGCGUGCACACAACCAAGAUGGUUGGGGAACACUCCUGGAAAGCCCCAACUUCUCGGAGACAGACACCAGCCCCAGGCAUCCGCCCCCUGACCCCCAGAGGACCCAGGCGUCCGGGCCACACGUGCCGGAGGAGCCACCCUUUUUAACGACGGACGUUCUCAGCCCUCGGCUGGGCUAGCCCCCCCUCGGUGUACAGCUCUCGAUGUAAAAUAGGUUCUUUUGAACAUAA